AUGACUGUGGACACUUUCUUUAACCACCCGCUCCUCGGCUGUCAGACCGAGAGCAGAGGGAAGACAAGAUGGUGGAUGUGGCAAGUCCAAGCCAUUGUCACAUCAGUAGUGAGAGAGUCUGAAGCCCCCCCCCGCUGGACCUCACUCCCACUGCAGCCCCCCCCGCUGGACCUCACUCCCACUGCAGCCCCCCCGCUGGACCUCACUCCCACUGCAGCCCCCGCCCUCUGGACCUCACACCCACUGCAGCCCCCGCCCUCUGGACCUCACUCCCACUGCAGCCCCAACUCUCUGGACCUCACUCUCCACUGCUGCCCCCGCCCUGGACCUCACUCCCACUGCUGGCCCAGCCCUCUGGACCUCACUCCCACUGCAGCCCCCGCCCUCUGGACCUCACUCCCACUGCUGGCCCAGCCCUCUGGACCUCACUCCCACUGCAGCCCCCGCCCUCUGGACCUCACUCCCACUGCAGCCCCCGCCCUCUGGACCUCACACCCACUGCUGCCCCAGCCCUCUGGACCUCACUCCCACUGCAGCCCCCGCCCUCUGGACCUCACACCCACUGCAGCCCCCGCCCUCUGGACCUCACACCCACUGCAGCCCCCGCCCUCUGGACCUCACUCCCACUGCAGCCCCCGCCCUCUGGACCUCACUCCCACUGCAGCCCCAACUCUCUGGACCUCACUCCCACUGCAGCCCCAGCCCUCUGGACCUCACUCCCACUGCAGCCCCAACUCUCUGGACCUCACUCCCACUGCAGCCCCCCCCGCUGGACCUCACUCCCACUGCAGCCCCCGCCCUCUGGACCUCACACCCACUGCAGCCCCCGCCCCCCUCUGGACCUCACUCCCACUGCAGCCCCAGCCCUCUGGACCUCACUCCCACUGCAGCCCCCCCCCGCUGGACCUCACUCCCACUGCAGCCCCCGCCCUCUGGACCUCACACCCACUGCAGCCCCCGCCCCCCUCUGGACCUCACUCCCACUGCAGCCCCCGCCCUCUGGACCUCACUCCCACUGCAGCCCCAGCCCUCUGGACCUCACUCCCACUGCUGGCCCAGCCCUCUGGACCUCACUCCCACUGCAGCCCCCGCCCUCUGGACCUCACUCCCACUGCAGCCCCCGCCCUCUGGACCUCACACCCACUGCAGCCCCAACUCUCUGGACCUCACUCCCACUGCUGCCCCAGCCCUCUGGACCUCACUCCCACUGCUGCCCCAGCCCUCUGGACCUCACACCCACUGCAGCCCCCGCCCUCUGGACCUCACACCCACUGCAGCCCCCGCCCUCUGGACCUCACACCCACUGCAGCCCCCGCCCUCUGGACCUCACACCCACUGCAGCCCCCCCCCUCUGGACCUCACACCCACUGCAGCCCCCGCCCUCUGGACCUCACACCCACUGCAGCCCCCGCCCUCUGGACCUCACACCCACUGCAGCCCCCCCCCUCUGGACCUCACACCCACUGCAGCCCCCGCCCUCUGGACCUCACACCCACUGCAGCCCCCGCCCUCUGGACCUCACACCCACUGCAGCCCCCCCCCUCUGGACCUCACACCCACUGCAGCCCCCGCCCUCUGGACCUCACACCCACUGCAGCCCCCGCCCUAUGGACCUCACUCCCACUGCAGCCCCCGCCCUCUGGACCUCACACCCACUGCAGCCCCCGCCCUCUGGACCUCACUCCCACUGCAGCCCCCGCCCUCUGGACCUCACACCCACUGCAGCCCCCGCCCUCUGGACCUCACUCCCACUGCAGCCCCAACUCUCUGGACCUCACUCCCACUGCAGCCCCAGCCCUCUGGACCUCACUCCCACUGCAGCCCCAGCCCUCUGGACCUCACUCCCACUGCUGGCCCCGCCCUCUGGACCUCACUCCCACUGCUGGCCCAGCCCUCUGGACCUCACUCCCACUGCAGCCCCAGCCCUCUGGACCUCACUCCCACUGCUGGCCCCGCCCUCUGGACCUCACUCCCACUGCUGGCCCAGCCCUCUGGACCUCACUCCCACUGCAGCCCCAGCCCUCUGGACCUCACUCCCACUGCUGGCCCAGCCCUCUGGACCUCACUCCCACUGCAGCCCCCGCCCUCUGGACCUCACUCCCACUGCAGCCCCCGCCCUCUGGACCUCACACCCACUGCAGCCCCAACUCUCUGGACCUCACUCCCACUGCUGCCCCAGCCCUCUGGACCUCACUCCCACUGCUGCCCCAGCCCUCUGGACCUCACACCCACUGCAGCCCCCGCCCUCUGGACCUCACACCCACUGCAGCCCCCGCCCUCUGGACCUCACACCCACUGCAGCCCCCGCCCUCUGGACCUCACACCCACUGCAGCCCCCCCCCUCUGGACCUCACACCCACUGCAGCCCCCGCCCUCUGGACCUCACACCCACUGCAGCCCCCGCCCUCUGGACCUCACACCCACUGCAGCCCCCCCCCUCUGGACCUCACACCCACUGCAGCCCCCGCCCUCUGGACCUCACACCCACUGCAGCCCCCGCCCUCUGGACCUCACACCCACUGCAGCCCCCCCCCUCUGGACCUCACACCCACUGCAGCCCCCGCCCUCUGGACCUCACACCCACUGCAGCCCCCGCCCUCUGGACCUCACACCCACUGCAGCCCCCGCCCUCUGGACCUCACACCCACUGCAGCCCCGCCCUCUGGACCUCACUCCCACUGCAGCCCCGCCCUCUGGACCUCACUCCCACUGCAGCCCGCCCUCUGGACCUCACACCCACUGCAGCCCUCUGGACCCCACCCCCCCUCUGGACCUCACACCCACUGCAGCCCCCGCCCUCUGGACCUCACUCCCACUGCAGCCCCCGCCCUCUGGACCUCACACCCACUGCAGCCCCCGCCCUCUGGACCUCACACCCACUGCAGCCCCCGCCCCCCCUCUGGACCUCACUCCCACUGCAGCCCCCGCCCUCUGGACCUCACUCCCACUGCAGCCCCAACUCUCUGGACCUCACUCCCACUGCAGCCCCCGCCCUCUGGACCUCACACCCACUGCAGCCCCCGCCCUCUGGACCUCACUCCCACUGCAGCCCCCCCCUCUGGACCUCACUCCCACUGCAGCCCCCGCCCUCUGGACCUCACACCCACUGCAGCCCCGCCCCCCCUCUGGACCUCACUCCCACUGCAGCCCCCGCCCUCUGGACCUCACUCCCACUGCAGCCCCCGCCCUCUGGACCUCACUCCCACUGCAGCCCCCCCCCUCUGGACCUCACACCCACUGCAGCCCCCGCCCUCUGGACCUCACUCCCACUGCAGCCCCCGCCCUCUGGACCUCACUCCCACUGCAGCCCCCGCCCUCUGGACCUCACACCCACUGCAGCCCCCGCCCUCUGGACCUCACACCCACUGCAGCCCCCGCCCCCCCUGGACCUCACACCCACUGCAGCCCCCGCCCUCUGGACCUCACACCUACUGCAGCCCCCCCCCCUCUGGACCUCACACCUACUGCAGCCCCCGCCCUCUGGACCUCACACCCACUGCAGCCCCCGCCCUCUGGACCUCACUCCCACUGCAGCCCCCCCCCUCUGGACCUCACACCUACUGCAGCCCCCCCCCUCUGGACCUCACACCCACUGCAGCCCCCGCCCUCUGGACCUCACACCCACUGCAGCCCCCGCCCUCUGGACCUCACUCCCACUGCAGCCCCCGCCCUCUGGACCUCACACCCACUGCAGCCCCCGCCCCCUCUGGACCUCACUCCCACUGCAGCCCCCGCCCUCUGGACCUCACUCCCACUGCAGCCCCCGCCCUCUGGACCUCACUCCCACUGCAGCCCCAACUCUCUGGACCUCACUCCCACUGCAGCCCCCGCCCUCUGGACCUCACACCCACUGCAGCCCCCGCCCCCCUCUGGACCUCACUCCCACUGCAGCCCCCGCCCUCUGGACCUCACUCCCACUGCAGCCCCCCCCCUGGACCUCACACCCUGCAGCCCCCGCCCUCUGGACCUCACUCCCACUGCAGCCCCCGCCCUCUGGACCUCACACCCACUGCAGCCCCCGCCCUCUGGACCUCACUCCCACUGCAGCCCCCGCCCUCUGGACCUCACACCCACUGCAGCCCCCGCCCUCUGGACCUCACACCCACUGCAGCCCCCGCCCCCCCUCUGGACCUCACACCCACUGCAGCCCCCGCCCUCUGGACCUCACACCCACUGCAGCCCCCGCCCUCUGGACCUCACUCCCACUGCAGCCCCCGCCCUCUGGACCUCACACCCACUGCAGCCCCCGCCCCCCCUCUGGACCUCACACCCACUGCAGCCCCCGCCCUCUGGACCUCACACCCACUGCAGCCCCCGCCCUCUGGACCUCACUCCCACUGCAGCCCCCGCCCUCUGGACCUCACACCCACUGCAGCCCCCGCCCCCCCUCUGGACCUCACUCCCACUGCAGCCCCCGCCCUCUGGACCUCACUCCCACUGCAGCCCCCGCCCUCUGGACCUCACUCCCCCUGCCCCUCUCGCCCCCUGGAGGCCUUCCCGCUGCACUGCACACAGAGGCCGGGGCUCAUUGCCUUUAGAGCGGCUGCAGAGCUGAUGCUGCUGCAGUAA